CUGCACUUCAGCUCUCCUCCUCUUCCUCAGAGACAUGUGCACACACUGAGCCAGCAGACAGCUCAAACUCUCAGAGCUGAUGCACAGACAGCUGCUCUUUCUCCCGUCCUUAUUUUUCCCCGUCCUCUCUUCUUUUAUUUCGCUCCCGUAACUGCCUCUUCUCAUCUGUCUGCACUUUCCCCUUUCUUCACCCUACUCUGUAAUCCUGCUCACUGUUCUGCACCCGGCAGGACUGGUUGGAGGGAGAGRGCUUGUGUAAUAUCCACACGAGCACCGGAGAGCCAGGCAGCACAACAGAGGACCCCCAUACAUUUUAAAGGACAAACUUUGAAAAGGUGGACAGCGUUAAAGUGGAAGAUGCAGACCAUGCUGGGCUGUUUGCUGCUCCUGCUGGUUCUGUCCUCAGGAAGUGAUGCCAGAAGAAUAAGGAAAAGAGGGAUCAAUCAUAAGGACUACGAGUACCCCAACCAGUCCUCCCAGCACCAGAAGAACGACCGGUGUCCGCCGCCACCACAGAUGCUGCCCGAGCGAGCCUGUGACGUCCCGGUGUGUCGCUCAGACUCAGAAUGCGAACGCCACAAACGUUGUUGUUACAACGGCUGCAUCUACGCCUGCCUGGAGUCGGUUCAGCCUCCUCCAGUGCUGGACUGGUUGGUGCAGCCCAAGCCUCGGUGGUUAGGGGGUAACGGCUGGCUGCUGGACGGCCCUGAGGAGGUACUGCAAGCUGAGGCCUGCAGCACAACUGAGGACGGAGACGAGCCUCUUCACUGUCCGACGGGCUACGAGUGCCACAUCAUCAACCCAGGAGACCCGGCUGCUGGCAUCCCUAACCGUGGCCAGUGCAUCAAGCAGCGCAGCAACUCUGAUGGACGAGGUUUGAGACACAAACCCCUGAAGGACUACAAAGAAUACUUUGGAUCCAGUUCUAAUAACGCAGUCGGCUAUGAAAAACACCAUCACAAACAUCUGGGAUGAAAUAAGUCUUCAGAUCAGUCUGACUUCACCCUCAGCUGGACCCUCAGCAGACCCUCCAUCCUCUGAUAAGAUCUGAUCCGUGUGACGGCCUCUUUAUGAAGCCUCAGUCUGUGGAGAGGCAGGUCUGAAUGAUGGACCCCACGUGUUUCACAGCCAAAGAAUUAGCUGCUUCUGUCUGAAGUCUGUGAAAUAAAGGAUGAGUGUGUUGAUGGAAAAGCUGAGUAUGAGCAGACAGGUUGUGCACCAAAGCUUUUCCUAAAUCAUCUUAGUAAAAAAAAGUUUUUUAGUUYCUUUCACCCCUCUUCAUUCUCACCCUCAAAUGCAGAUUCUCUAAUCUUCUAUCAGAGAAAAUCACACCCUCGUGGUCGUUUUCCUUAUUAUCAGAUGAACUCUGCUUCAGUUUCUCCUCUUGAACCUGAAAAGUUUUAUAGACAAAGAGAAAUCUUUCCAGCUGAGUUUGCAUCUCUGAAUCAAAUCCAAAUGUGAUGUCAUAUCCACAAUAAUAAUAACUAGAAKUAAAACCACAUGAGUGUUCGUAUUUGUGUGUAGAACAGCUGGGGAUUUGUUCCAGACAGAAUUAAUGUUGUAAAAGUGGAAGAAUUUAAACAGGUUUGUUGAUAAGGCCUUUUGUCCUGUAAGGAAUAUAAAAAAAUGAAUUGAAAUGAUCAUAAAUUGAAAAAUAAUACAAAUUUAUAAACUCAGAAUUGUCAAUAGUUUGGUACAAAUGUUAUUUACAGUAAGUUGGAAAAUGUCUUAAAAUCAUGUAUGUACAAAAACAUCACAUGACAAAAUGCUUAUUUUAAACUUUUUGAUUUUUGUGUUUGUGUGUUUGUGUGUGAUCUGACAAUGACCUGAAAAAGAAAAUGAUCAUUCGACUUCUUUAUUUAGURCAGAAAUGAUAAAAGAUCAAAUUUAAAUUUUUCACAGUAAAUGAUUUUAAAUCAAA